CCGAUGCUGCUGCUUCGCAAUCUCUCUGACCGACGCUGCGUCUCGGAUUCCAUCCGCCGGGCCGGCAGCCGGCGCGUGAUGAUGGAGCCGUGGUUGCUGGUUUGGGAGGCUUUCACGGAGCAGCUGGAGGAGCGGCAGAGCGACUGGGCCUACUCGAGGACCGUCGUGUUCCUCGACACCCUGUUGAACUUGGCGUUCGUGGCGGCGGCGGCCGGGGUCCUCGUCCUGAGCCGGGACGAGGCUCCGUCGAUGCCGCUGAGGCUGUGGAUUGGAGGGUAUGCCCUUCAGUGCGUGCUCUUCAUUGUGUGCGUCUGCGUUCGGUUCCAGCGGAGGCAUCUGCAGAGGGGCGUGGAGGAGCGGAGCAGCCACGAUCGGGGGGGUUUGGGCCCUAGUUCUCCAAGCGAUGUGGUGGAAGCCAGGGGUUGCAAUGCUGAUCAGGGUCAGAACGAGGAGGCGAGGAGUGUUGCCAAGGAUCUGGAGUUUGCAAGCAAUAUGUUCUCAUGCAUAUGGUGGUUCGUUGGUUUUUACUGUGUAUCCGCUGGAGGCCAAGCCUUGAUACGUGAUGCACCACAGCUAUACUGGCUUUGCAUAGUUUUCCUAGCAUUUGAUUGCAUUGGCAUUAGCAUUGCUGUUUGCUGUUGCGUAUGUAUCAUCAACAUUGUUUAUGUUGUCACAGAUCAGCAAGGAGGUGCAUCUGAUGAAGAUAUCCGCCAGCUUCCCACGUACAAAUUCCGAAGGAUUGACAAUUUUGAGAUACUUUUCAAUGAAGUACAAAGAUCAAAAGGUGGGAUGAUGAUCGAGUGUGGCAGUGAUGAACCAAUUGAGCAUGUUCUAUCAGCGGAGGAUGCUGUGUGCUGCAUGUGCCUCUCUGCUUACAAGGAUGGGGUAGAGUUGCGGGUGCCCCCUUGCCGCCACCAUUUCCACUGUGCUUGCAUAGAUAAAUGGCUCUACAUCAAUGCCACUUGCCCCUUAUGCAAGUACAACAUUGUAUAGAGCAGCAACCAAGCACCAGAGGAGGUCUAGAACAAGGUGAUUGCGCUCCCAUUCCUAGUCUCUAUGUUUGGAAGGCAAAUUCCACUGUUCCGAUUUUUAUGAUCUAGUAGAAGUGUGAAAAUUGUUGAUGUUAUUAUACGUUGUCCUGAGAAGCAGAAUCCAUGAAAGAUAAGAAACCUAAUUGUACUUUGAGCAAAUGUAACAUGUUGCAUCCUAGCCUGAAUCAGAUCAUGUCUGGUUGGACUAUGAAUGUGUGUUCUAUAAUGAAAUAUAUAUUUUGUAAAGCUUUACAGGCAUGUAAAACCACAUUAUAAAAAUAAUGGCAGAUUAUUCAGA